GACUAGGUUACUGGUUUCUACUAGUCCCUGAUUGGUCGCCCGAACAAAUCUUCUUGAGUUGGUUGCGUCAAGCUUGAAGCUGACAGGAUGCUGAGAUCAGAGGGCGAAUUCAACGAAGUCUGAUUCCAACCUUGCUGCCUUGAUUGAGGACAUAAUUUGAUCAGAAUACUGUCACUUUAGUGCAUGUCGGCCUUGCUUGUAACGGAGGAAUUGCUUUAUGAGCUCGUCUGCGCUUGUUAGCGUGAACAUUUCUGUUUUUUGAAUGAAUAUUGCCUGGCUGAAAGCAAACCUGCGCUGUGGACACAAAAGCUCUGACAUUGCGAGUUGAUGCAGUGCUUGCUGUGGAUCAGCGAGGCUGUGGGAGAUCUUUUCAAGUAAUUCGGCGAAUCAGAUGUCCAAAGAGAACCACUUCUCUUCCGGUCUGUCCGGUGCGUAAAAGCGGGCACGGUGUCUCUCCAAACUCCACUCUGAGAGCAGUUACCGGAAUGAAAAUGAAAAUAUGCUUUUUGCGAUUUUGCUGAAUUUUACAAGGGGAUUAUCUUCGGUACGGCUGCGUGCCUGCCUGCUUACUUGCCUGCCUAUUUGGGUGACUUGCUUAGCUCCGACGCGUUUUUAUUAGGCUACAGAUUCCUGGCCUGUUGAAUUCAUCGUUAUCCUUCCUUCAUGUCGCAUUGGAAUAACUUCAUCUAUCAUGGAUUUUAUUUUCUUUACAAAGUCACCGUUUAGGCUCGGUUAGACAUCCUAUAGAUUCGGACACUGUAGAGUGCAAUCGAACCCACGUAGCAGCCAACACCAGGAGGGGAACAUGGACAGAAAUGCCCCAGACGGACCGUUGCUGGAUGACUUGAGAAAACUCACGGACGAGGAGCUCUCUAGGCUCGGAAAAGAUGAGCUCAUCAGGAGGCUACGGAGAACGGAUAACGAGAAAAUGAACUUAAUGGUGGAGCACGGGAACAUGAUGAAAGAUGUGAACCGGAGACUACAGGUCCACCUUCACGAGAUCCGCAGCCUCAAGGAGAUCAACCAGAAGCUACAGGACGACAACCACGAGCUCCGGGAGCUUUGCUGUUUCCUGGACGACGACAGGCAGAAGGGCAAGAAGCUGUCUCGGGAGUGGCAACACUUCGGCCGCUACACCACCGAAUCGAUGUGGAAGGAUGUCGGGGUGUACCAUCAGAAGCUGAAGGAUCUGGAAGCCAACCAGGACUCUGUGAUGCGGGAGAACCUGGAACUGAAGGAGAUCAUUCUGAUGUUGGAGGAGGAGAGGAACGGAGCUGGGUCACGGAGCUCUAUAGACUCCCAGUCCAGCCUGACCAACCUGAACGGGGGCACCAGAACCAUUAGGGACGUCGGGGACGGGAGUAGUACCUCCAGCACCGGCAGUGCCGGUAGUCCUGACCACAACCACAUCCACACGCCGACCGAGGGGAAGAUGGCAUCCCUGCGGAGGUCUAUGGACGACCUGUCGCCGGUGUCACACAUCCACAGGAGCAUCCCUAAUGAACUGCAUGGUAACUACAUCAGGCAACUGGAGACCAAGGUCUGCAUCCUGGAGGAUGACAACAAGCAGCUGCAAUCACAGGGCUGUGGUAGGUCCCCCAGUGGUGAGCCGUCCCCCCCAGCAGACUACCUCCCAGUGGGCCAGAAGCCAGAGGCUGUGGUCCAUGCCAUGAAGGUACUGGAGGUCCAUGAGAACCUGGAGAAGAAGAUCCCUGAAGACUACAACGAGGACCUCAGUGAGAAGGAGAAGGCCAUCGUCAGGGAGAUGUGUAACGUGGUGUGGCGUAAACUAGGUGAUGCUGCAGGCUCCAAGCCUUCCAUCCGCCAGCAUCUCUCUGGGAACCAGUUCAGAGGGCCUUUGUAGUCCUUAAGACCACAUUAACCAGCACACAGCAGCACUCAGACGAGACAAACGGACAGACAGAAUAAUUAACAACAACAACCAUGGACCCUCAGCACUGAGUGCACAAACAAGGGGCACAUCUCAAAUGACACCUUCCUAUUUUCUCAGCACUGUGUGACCAUGGCUAGAUGAUCCACACAAACUCUAACCUGAACCCAAACCUCUGUGCUUAGCCUCCCCUAACAUUGUCCCCUGGUGGAUAUUGGAAUGUAGGCUACACCUGACCUGGGUAGUGGGUACAGUCAAUCUCAGUUUAGACCUAACGGACAAAAUAGGCCGCGCCGAUGAAGGGUUAAAAACAGCAGUUGGCAAUCCUAUAGUCUCUGACCACGUUGGCUCUCAUUUUCUGUUUAUUUAAAGACAAUUCUACAUGUUGAAUGACCACCGUUCAUCAAUAAUCUAGUGCCCACGGCCAACGUUGGAUAUGGUGUCUUGUCAUUAAAGAGAAGGAAGAGGAGGAUAAACUGCCCCUUACAACCAGUCACUACACCUGAGCUACUAUACAUGUGACCUGAGCUACUAUACAUGUGACCUGAGCUACUAUACAUGUGACCUGAGCUACUAUACAUGUGACCUGAGCUACUAUACAUGUGACCUGAGCUACAGUACUUUACCUGACUCUGCCAUCUCCGACCAACGUUUGUUUUGGUGUUUGUAAAUGUUCACCUAUCAAGACUGACAACCACUCCAGGACAAACUAUUUUACUAUUCUCAAGUCAAGGCCCUGAUAUGUUCUGUUCUUGACUUUGCUUCCAUUACUUUUCCAUUCAACAGCCAACUGACUGGCAACUCCUUACAACAUAGAUGAGGACAAAUACUGGAAAUCGCAUGAUGUCAUUUCCUCCAGUGUAGAAUCACAAGCCAUAGGGUUAUACGACGUGAAACCUAGCUGCUGUAGGAUGCUGUUUAAUAAUGUAGUCCUCUUUUGUCUGAGAGAGAAGUAUGUGUACAAAUGUAGACGCAAAGUGUUAAAACUAAAUUCUAGCCCCAAGUAAGCUGUUUAACAAAACAUAGUGCUAUUUUUUUAACCUGUUGUAUUUAUUUAGUGUCCAUGUUUGUUUGUGCUUCAAAUGGCAUCCUAUUCUUUAUACCAACACUAUAUAGGGAAAAGGGUGACAUUUGGGAUGCACACUUUAUAACUAAGUACAGAAAGUGGCACACCGAGUGCAGUUUCAUAAGUUUACUCCCAAGGCAGAAUGCUUAUAGCCUGGGGGCCAGUCUGCUUAGGCACUCCUGAAAACUCCUUAUAGAACGUUCAUGACAAACAUGACUUGACAAUGACAGCAAUGGAGUUGGCAAAAGCACAAACAGUUCUGGGACCAGGCUAGAAAGCUGUCAUACUAUUAACUGAAACAUGAACUCAAGGAAGGGUUAUGGUUCAUGCCUAAUAUAGUGUCGCUUCUGAUGAUUGAUCAUGGAUCAGAAAGUCAGGACUCUUGCUAGACGGAAGUGGGACUUUUCAUUUACAAAUCUGCAGUUCUUAUAUAUGACAAUCGUUGAAACGGUUUGAAAACAACUUAUUUUGACCAGUCCUAAGUAUUCUCUAUGAGCUCUUACAGGAAGUAUACCUUAUAAAGUCUCAUUGGAGUCUACACAGAGUGUACAAAACAUUAAGGACACCUUCCUAAUAUUGAGUUGCAACCUUUCUCCUCCCCUUCAUCUACACUGAUUGAAGUGGAUUUAACAAGGGACAUCAAUAAGGGAUCAUAGCUUUCACCUGGAUUAACCUGGUUAGUCUAUGUCAUGGAAAGAGCAGUUGUUCUUAAUGUUUUGUACACUCAAUGCAUGUAUACUGAGGUCUCGGAGCUGGAUCCUAUGUAUACUUUAUAAGGUGUCUUAGCUGGCUCCUGUACAUUAUGACAUGUGUUAGGCCUGUGUAUGCUGUAUGAAGUCUCAUAGAUUAUCACUGUACAAUCAGUCAGUCUAGCAAUCCUUGGCAAGUCUCAUACAAUUCUUAUGUAUGCUGUAUGAAGUCUCAUAGGUGUCAUCACUAUAUGAGGUCUUCCAGCGGGACUUCAGUGUACAAUACACUACGUAGCUAAAUGAAGCUUCAUAGCUGUGUUCUAUACUCUACGGUGGCUCCUAGCCAAUUUCUGUGUAUUUGAGUCAUCUCAGUAUUGUACGGGGUCUUUUAGGUGACAUUACCUAUAUAACACUGACAUAAGAUGUCAUUAAGAGUUAUAACAACAGACAUGUCAUUAGGAGUAAUAACAUCUAUGUAUAUGCUCAUCUCUUCUUUAUAGGGAGUUGUACAAUGAAUGAAGUCUCAUAGCUGUGCUGAGUUCUAGUGAAUACAGUAUAUGAGCACUCAUAAGAGUCUAUAUACUGUAGGAGUAAUAUUGGUUAGGUUGAGGUCUGAAUAGGCAGUUACAAACUGUGUUAAAAGAAACUUGCUGUAUUCUCGGAUUUGUGUUCUAAAAUCUGAACAAAAUGUUUUGUCAGAUUGGUAAAUUAGUCUGAAUUGAGUUUGACACAUUGUCAAUCUAUAUCGGGGUAUAAUACAUGUAUACCCCAAUUGUUAUUAUACAGAAGGUUGUGUAUAAAUGUUAUGUUUACACAUCUCCAUGAAUUCUGUGAAAAAAAAUAUUCUCAUUUUAUUGAUAGCAGAAGAGCGGCUGUGUUCAUCCCAAAUGGCACCCUAUAAAGUGCACUACUUUUGACCAGAGCCCCUAUUUGCCCUGGUCAAAUGUAGUGCACUAAAUAGGGAAUAGACUACUAUUUGGGAUUAAUCCGCUGUGUUUCAGUGUUGUUGAGGAGUCUGGAUGCAGCUGGCUGUGUGUCUGAUCUGACUCGUAACAUAGAAGAGCUGUAUGAACAAAAUGAGCAGCAAAUCAACAAGGAAGAUAAAUGUGUUUGAAUUGAGGACUUACUGUUCUGUACGGUGGUGUUGUUGUAAUAGUCAGGCAUUGAUGACUAAGGAGUUUCAUAAUGGAAAAAAAACAAAUGCGUGUCUAUACACACACCCAGUCUUCACAAAUUACAACUUUUGCAAAAGUUACUUUUUUAUUUUUUAAACAGUCUACACGCAUCUACUGACUUUUAUAUGUUGAUUUGAAAGCACAAAAGUUCUGAUUUAAAGUUUGACAAUUUUCCUAUUGUUACAAUCAAAUGCACUGCUUCUUUUGUGAAUGAGGUAUCUCUACGUGGAACCUGUGAUGAAAUUCUGUGUUCUCUUUUUUCACCUCUUUCUCUGUCGUACACAGUUUAAGUUGUAUCCUAGGAUAUACACAGUGCUGUGUACACAAAUACCUGCUGCUCCUGUAGCAUACCUGCAACUAGCCCGCCUUUGUAUUUUUUUCCCCAUGACCUGUAUGUAGCUGAAAAUGUAUAUUUUAGCAAAUUUUAAAAUGUGAAAAUUGAAAUAAGCUGCUUUUAUAUGAUUUUGAAAUAAAAAUGAAGUAUACGUUUUAA